CUUUCAAUUCCUAUCUGAGAAGCCCAAUUCCUACUCUUCCAUAAACCAGUACGAUUAAAGAGACGACUGUCGAUACGAAUGUUCCAUAAACCAGUUUUUUUGCGCCUCGGACGGUGAAAUCGUUGCCCAUUAAUCCAAUCUCUCCUUUAAUUCCCACAAAAUUUACAGAAAAAAAUCUAUGUUGAUGUUCUUCGUAUCAGAUAUGCGAUUCAUCUAUCUACUAAUCAACUUCUGCGAGCCCUGGGAAUCAAAUCCUUAAAGCCUCGCUUUGCUACUUGGAAGCUGCUGUGGAGGAGAAGAGGAUCGAUCACCUCCACUCGCGAUAUUCAGCUGGAAUUUUGAUCAGGAGUCUUUGGAAUUUAGAUCCUUUGAUGAAGAGGGCGGAGUGCAAGGAUAAGGUUUUGAAACCCUAGCGUUGGAUACAUUAAUUUGAGUUGGUUUGCCUGUGAGCAAAUUCCAAAACCCUAGAAAGAACUGCGGUCUGAUCUCCCAUAAGGAGAGGGGGGAAAAGCAUUCUUUUUUUAGGGAUUCGGAUGUUAAUUCGUAAGUCUUUUAAAGCUCAGAGCUUUGAUGAAUUCGCGGCGGUCCAAACCCGUGAGGCUUGUUUCGUCCAAUUCCCAAUCCAUAGAAGUAGGAUUGGGAGAGAGCUCUAUGAUGGGUUCUUCUUCCAUUGACAACACAGUCUACUGCUGUGUCGCCAAGGGGAACAAGAUUCUGUACUCUCACAAUAGCAAUGGCUGCGAGCUUGAGACCUUGGCCGUUCUCUGCCUCGAGAAUGCACCGGCUUUCCACAAGUGGUAUUUCCACACUGUGGGAGCCAGGACCUUCGGGUUCUUGAUGGUCGACGGGCACACGUAUUUUGCCAUCGUAGAUCCAAGUGUAGGGAAUUUGGCCAUUCUUCGGUUCCUGGAGCACAUUCAGGAAGGCUUUAAGAAGGUGGUGAAGAAUGGUUUUCACGACGAGUUGGUGCCCAUCAUCCAGAGGCUUAUAGCAUCAUUGGAGAACAUGCCCAAAUCUGCCUUUGCAUUGGAUGAAAAUUCUGAGCAGGUUGCAUCUAGUGAUGGUUCUGUUUCUACAGAGGCGCCAUUGCUGGGGAUCAAGCAUCACGAGAAGAAGAAGAAGAUGAAGGAUAAAGUAGUUCAAAGUGAUGAUGUGGUUGAAGACCAUGCUGAUGGCACGGUAAAUAUUAAUGUGGCACAACAGACAAUGGGGACAAUGUCACUGCAAAGGAGCUCGAGCUCAUCAAGGCCUCACUCGCAACAACCAGGGAGGAGGCUGUGGUGGCGCCAUGUGAAGAUAGUCGUAGCUGCCGAUGUAAUUAUCUGCUUGGUCCUGUUUGGUGCUUGGUUGGCAGUGUGUAAGGGUUUCCAUUGUGUUUCAGGAAAGUAGUAGAGAAGAGGUUGGAUUUUGGUACCAAGAAUUUUCGAGGAAAUAAGGCGGAAACACUUUGUUAUAUGGGUUUCUAAGUAUAUGUCUGCUUCGGAAACUGAGGUAGUCGCACAAACAUGGUAAAUAUGCAGUUGAAUACUCUCAAAAAGAACAGGAAUGGAAGCAUGCACUUUCCAUAGGGAGUGAUAUGUAUGAGAGGAUUCACUUGGAAGUGGAGAAGUUUUUGGAUAUGCAGCAUAUUUAUUCAUUGCUCUACAUGGGAGAAAAUCUAUGAUGCUUGUUGUUUCUGUACUGUGUAUUGGCUCUUCGUUCUUGUGUAUGUUAGCAAUAUGUCAAGUGCUGUUCAUAUGUAUCUUCUUCUUAAAUCAACCUGUUAUACUUGGGAGGAUUUUACAGCAUGAUGACAAUGCUUAAGAUAUUCAGGCUUUUCAAUC